AUGUCUUCUCUGCCCAUAUUUAUUGGGAGUGAGGGUCUUGAAAACCACUGCAAUCUCGCCGAACAAGUUAACAGACCAGUCGAGACCCUGGCUCGGAUAGUCCUGCCUAAUGGCAGUCAGAGCAGCCGACGACAACCAAGCAACUUGAAAUCAUCGAAUUGGUCGUCAUGUUCACCCACUUUGCCUUUUUUCUCUCAAUUUUGCGUCGAGCCAGUGGCCGGAAUUCAAUUUCCCGGUCUUAAGAAUGGUGUGAUUGAGGUGAUCGAGACCGGUGAUGUACUCCAAGAGUGCCGGGUCACGCCGAACACUUUGCCUUUGGAAUACGCUUAUCACUGGCUCGACUCGGGCGGACGUAUCGUCUCAAACAGCGCUUUACUUCACAAAGAAUACCUGCUCCGAGCGCGAGAUGAGGGCAUCUUCACUUGUGUUGCCGUGCCUACGAAACCCGGAGCUCUGAGAGUCGAGAGGCAGGUCAACCUUGUUGUUUCACGUAAGCUGAAAACUCGAUCAAGCUGCACACACACGCAUAGCAUCCUUUUUCUAUUUGUUGGCUGGCAAGAGAAACAUUUGUUGAGAUCAUUUUAA